AUGUCCUUUCUCACGCCCUACCUCAACGGCGACGCCAGCCUGGCCAUUGGCUCGCUGCCGCUGACGCUGCUCAUCGCCGCGCUGCCGCACUGGUACACGAUUGCGCGCGCCGAGGUCAACAAGGUGCAGGGCGGCUGGGCCAACGAGAACCCGCGGUCGUUUGUGGCGCGCCUCAAUGCAAAGGCGGCCGCGGGCAAGAAGCUGACGGACCUCGAGGGCACGAUCCUGCGCGGCCAGGCGGCGCAGCAGAACGGCUUUGAGUGGUGGGCAGUUUGGGCCGCGGCGGUGAUUCUGGGAACGUUUGCCAAGGUGCCGCAGGCGGACAUGACGCGGUACACAGUCAUUCACGUCGCGUGCCGCCUGGUGUACAACUACCUCUACGUCACCACGGCGAAGCGCUCGCUCAGCUACCUCCGCACGAUUGUCUUCCAGGUCAGCAUCUACCCGGCGAUUGCCAUCUUUCUCAAGGCGGCGACCCUUCUGAACUAG